AUGAAAUCAAAUUUAUUUAUCUUCACUUUAAGUACAUUUUUAACAACUCAAGUUGUUGCUUCAGGUUCAAUUGUUUCAAAAUUAAACACCGUUAUUAACAACAACAAUAAUGAUGGUUCAAGCUCAGGUUCAUUAAUUGUUGAAUCUGAUCCUGGUUAUGGUGCUCAAUUGAAUGCUAGUAUUUAUUCAUAUGAUAAUUAUGUUAAAAUUUAUAAUGCUUACCAAUCAUAUGAAGAAGCAGUACAAGAUGAAAAAUUUGGUGACGCUGUUAUUUAUGCAGAAAGUAUUUUAUUCAAUGGUGUAACCACACAAGAUCUUUUAGAAGGUGAUAUUGCAGCUGCUAUCAUUACUAGAGCUAAAUCAGAUUCAACUUUAUUUGAUUUAUGGGCAAACACAACUACUUCAAUUGAAUAUGCUGAGUAUUUCAAAAAUUUAAAAACAUUGGCUUCAAGGGAUGGAUUUGAAACAAUUCAAAAAAGAGAUAAUUUACAAUGUUCUGGAUCACAUGUCCCAAACAGUGGGGAUUGUAACAAUUUGAAAUCUUCACUCAAUUCAGAAUCUGGUUCAUUUGUUCCAAAGUCACCAAGAAAUAGAUGUUUCAACAAUUGUUGUGUUAGUUGGUCAUCUGAUAAUACAAUGCGUUUUGGUGAUUUAGCAGCUGCUGAAGAUAGAUGCGUUUCAAUUUGUGUCAACAAUGGACAAAGUUGUAUAAUUAGAGAUUGGUCAACAAAUGGUAAAUUUUUAAAUUUUUGCACUAGUAACCGAGCUGAUGGUUGUAAUUGA